CGGGCUCCGUGGACCAGGCGGAGGGCAAGGCAGGCUGCGGCGCGCGGCGGGCCCGGGCUCCAGCCGAGCAGCUCCCCUCGCCCGGGCCCCGCCGAGGCCGCCGCGCCCCCGCCCCCGCCCCCGCCCCCGCGCGGGAGGAUUCGCUCCAAACUCCCUGAACUUCGGGCGGGUCCCCGGAGCGGCGGCCUCGAGGUGCGCAGCCCUGCUCCGGGACCCCUGCCGCUUCGUUCUCGCUCCGCAUCCCUGAGGACUCCCGGGGCCCCGGGCGGAGCUGACAGCCCCCUGCUGCUGGCCGCGCAGCGAUGCUGGUGAGGAAAGUGCCGGGCUUCGUCCCGGCCUCGCCGUGGGGGCUGCGGCUGCCGCACAAGUUCCUUUUCCUGCUCUUCCUCUCGGGCCUCGUCACCCUGUGCUUCGGCGCCCUGUUCCUGCUGCCCCACUCCUCUCGCCUCAAGCGCCUCUUCUCGGCCUCGCGGACCCAACAGCCUGGCCUGGAGGUGAUGGCCGAAAUCGCCGGCCACCGCUCGGUGUCAGAGCAAGAGCCGCCUCCCAACCCUGCCCCUGCGGCUCCCGCCCCGGGGGAGGACGAUCCCAGCCGCCUGCUCGGUGCCCUCCGUAGGAAAGGGUGGCUGCGGCGAACCCGCCCCACCGGGCCCCGGGAGGAGGGCAACAGGGUUGCCGCCCUCAGGCCGCAGGAAGAGAGCGUCCGGUUCAGUUUCGACUACAGUGGUUUCCGCAGCCGCCUUCGACACCCGGUCUUGGGGACAAGGACUGAUGAGAGUAAGGAGUCCCAGAGUCUGGUGCGAGCUCAGCGAGAGAAAAUCAAAGAGAUGAUGCGGUUUUCGUGGCAGAAUUACCGCCGUUAUGCGAUGGGCAAGAAUGAGCUCCGGCCACUCACAAAGGACGGCUUCCAGGGCAGCAUGUUUGGUGGUCUCAGUGGGGCGACCAUCAUCGAUUCUCUUGAUACCCUCUACCUCAUGGAGCUGAAAGAGGAGUUCCAGGAGGCCAAGGCCUGGGUGCAAGACAGCUUCCAUCUGAACGUGAGUGGAGAAGCAUCGUUGUUUGAAGUGAACAUCCGGUAUAUUGGAGGACUGCUCUCGGCCUUCUACCUGACAGGAGAAGAGGUGUUCCGAGUGAAGGCCAUCAAGCUGGGUGAGAAACUGCUGCCUGCCUUCAACACACCAACAGGCAUCCCCAAGGGCGUGGUGAACUUCAAAAGCGGUAGCUGGGGCUGGGCCACGGCGGGUAGCAGCAGCAUCCUGGCCGAGUUUGGAUCCCUGCACUUGGAAUUCCUGCAUCUCACUGAACUGUCUGGCAACCCGGUCUUUGCAGAAAAGGUCAGAAAUAUCCGCAAGGUCCUCAGGGAGAUCGACAAACCCUUCGGCCUCUACCCCAACUUCCUCAGCCCAGUGAGCGGGAACUGGGUGCAACAUCAUGUCUCAGUCGGAGGACUUGGGGACAGUUUUUAUGAAUAUUUGAUCAAGUCCUGGUUGAUGUCAGCCAAAACAGAUACGGAGGCUAAAAAUAUGUACUAUGAAGCUUUGGAGGCCAUAGAGACCUAUCUGGUGAAUGUCUCUCCCGGGGGUCUGACCUACAUUGCUGAGUGGCGAGGAGGAAUUCUAGACCACAAGAUGGGACACCUUGCCUGCUUCUCAGGGGGCAUGAUUGCCCUUGGUGCUGAGGAUGCUAAGGAAGACAAAAGGGCCUACUACCGAGAGCUUGCUGCCCAGAUCACCAGGACAUGCCAUGAGUCCUACGCCCGCUCAGACACCAAACUGGGGCCGGAAGCCUUCUGGUUCAACUCUGGCCGAGAGGCGGUGGCCACACAGCUGAGCGAGAGCUACUACAUCCUGCGACCAGAGGUGGUGGAGAGCUACAUGUACCUCUGGCGGCAGACGCAUGACCCCAUCUACAGAGAGUGGGGCUGGGAGGUGGUCAUGGCCCUGGAGAAACACUGCCGGACGGAAGCCGGCUUCUCAGGGAUCCAGGAUGUGUACAGCAAUAAUCCCAACCAUGACAACAGGCAGCAGAGCUUCUUCCUGGCUGAGACGCUGAAGUACCUCUAUCUUCUGUUCUCUGAAGAUGAUGUGCUGUCGCUGGAAGACUGGGUGUUCAACACUGAGGCUCACCCGCUGCCCGUCAACCACUCGGACAGCUCCAGCAUAGCUGGCCACCGUCACUGACCCCUGUCACCACGCCCGUGUCUCAGGGACGCCUCUACUUUCUUGGGAUCCGGGACCGUUCUCAGAAGCCCUGAGGACGGAAGGCCCACUGUGGGCAGACCCUGGACGGAUGUGUCGGACAGGCGACUUCUUUUCCUCUGUGAGGAGACAGGAGCUGGUGAUGUACCAGCGUGGGCCCCCCGGGCUGUGGUCCCUGGCGCCUACAAGUUUCUUUCUAUGGGGGAACUUCUGUGUCCCCACACUUGCUGUCCCUGGGCCAAAGGACUGGAGGUUUGCAUAUCCAUCUCAUGUAUUUGAUUCCGUUUCCUUUUUGGUUUAGGGAGUUCAGUUUUGCUUGACUUUACUUUUUAUUCCCCCUCCCUAUUUGAGUUUUAUGACAAUUAUAAUUUUCAAAAUCAUGCACCUUCUAAAGCGGGGUCAUCUAACUCAAGGAGACCUUGGGUGUUUGUACACACACACUCUGGACCCGGCUGCUUUUAAUGCCUGUCACCCGACGUUGACUCUGUUCCACUUCUUGUCAUCUACGCUGUCAUCCCCUUUGCUUUGGUCCCAAAUGUUACAAAUAACUAAUGCUAUUUUCAUUACUGUAAUGGAAAAAUAUGUGAAGUAGAAUAAAGGAGUUCAUUGAAUAAGAAAUAAGAUUGGACUCAUUGGCCACCAGAGGCUCCUGGGAAAAAAUGUUCCAACUGUGUUCAUCAGAAGCAAUCACCAGCUGGCAGCCGAGCUGAGGUGUGAUUUAGUCAAGCCGGUCCAGCUUCUCUGUCUCCCUUCAGUUGGCCCUAGUAAAUCCAGGAAAUGUGAGGCCAGCCCUUUGGGUAGACUUGCAUAUGCAUACUCAAACUUGGAUGGAGGCUUGGAAGAAGCCCACGGAGGUGACUCUGUUUGCCUGAGGUCACACAGCCAGAAAAAAAAAAAAAAGAAGCAGAAGUAAACCUUGCCUCUGGAAUCUCCUGGCCACACUGGUCCUUUGUCCAUCAGCAAUGCUCGAUGAGCCCCUGCCCCCACCAGGGUUAGACGGUCUCCGCCCUGCAGUCAGGGCGCUCAGAUCGUAUACGGUGCCUCUACAUUAGUGGAAUGGCUAUAAACCAUUGCAAAUACCAACAAGGACACAUGACAGCCAACAAUAGCUAGGACCUGGCUGGGGGUUAGGGACAAUAAGACCCAAAAGACACAUAGGCGCUAUCUAUAGACAAGGACAUAGUGGUGUGAUACCUUCUAACCCAGACUCCACUGUCACACUCUCUGCGCCAUCUCCCUGGAAACCCAGAAGCCAUCUGCAUGGCGAGGAGUCCAGGUCCCAGCACUGGCAGCCGUGCCAGGCUUUCCUGUCCAGCAGACCCCCUGGCAGCCUGGACACAGCCGAGGUCCUGGGUAAUGUUGACUCUUUCCCAGCCCCUUCGUUAGAUUGUGCUUGUCAACUAGCCAUCAAGGUAUGGGGGCUCCAGGCCUGGUGACACCCACCCACCCAGUGUGUGAGCCCAGACCAGUCACCUCACCUCACCUCUCUGGGCUGUUUUCCAUCAGCAGAGGUUGCUAUGGGAACCAGCAAGAUGCUUCUGAUACUUUACUCUAUGGUCCAGGAUCCACUGCCUCCUGGUUCUGGAGGCCCAGACAGCCCAGCUCUUCCUGAGCAGAGCUGUGCAUCCCCAGUUCCCGUAGCAGGACCCCCGGCCCUCAGAGCAUCAGUCACACACUUUGGUCAGGUGUCACAGAAUAGGGUCUCCUGCUAUCCAGAGCACACAUGAACAAACACUGUAGGACAAUUAAGAAACCAAGAAAAUCAGAAAGGAAUCCGGUUACCACCCUACUCUCCGAAAUGAAUAGUUAUAUUUUCUUCUAGACCUUUUUCUAUGGAUAUAUAGAAGAUAUAUUUUGCAAACAUGGUGUCAGCCUAUGCAUACUGUUUCUCUUAUAACCUGCUUUUGCACUUAACUAUAUACUGUGAACAUCUUUCCAUGUCAAGAAAUAUACACGUAUGUCAGCACU